AUCUCCUACCGCCUGAUGUCUGUGGAUGGAAUCAGUAACUCUGGACCGAAACGUCAACUGCGCCGCCGCAGUUGAUGACGUCAUGGAGAUGUUUGGAGUUACCCUGAAGUCAACUCCUAUGAACUCAGUUAUCUUGUAUAACGACCCAUUUCUUGGAUUCUCCGAAACACAUCCGGUGGAGCAAUGUCCAGUAGAAGUGAGAGACGAACCUCCGUUCAAAGGUGACGACUACAGCUUGACUUCCCUCAAUAUUCCUGACAGUGAAGAUUUCGAGGCGACCAAAGUCGAAGACAUGAAAGAAGAAACUGUGGAUGCCUGUGAACAACAGCAGGAGAAUAAUGGUCAACAGGCAGCAGUUGAGGCACUCAUCAGCCUGGAUUCUCCAACAGCAACCUAUGAUAACAAAUGUCUACCAUUUGUAAUUCCUCCACAUUCAGGAUCUCUUCCCCCCAGCCCAGCUGACAGUGGUUUCUGUGAUUUAGAGACUAACCAGGAUGAUUUCCGCCGAGUACCAAUCUUACCACAUCAUACAUUCUGGUUACCACCCCCUGCACACCAACCUAUGUUAAAUACUCUCAGUACUUCCACACGUCCUCCAGUCAGGCCAAUUUACCAUCCGGCACCUCCUUCUGUAAAUGUCCAUCAGUCUGUUGAAGCCACCACACCACCCUCAUCUCCAUUUGGCAAAAAAAAUAAAAAAGGGCGCAAACCGAAGAGUUCUGACUGUCAAAUGUUCCCUACUAAAAGGAAACGAGAAGGAAACACCACUUACUUAUGGGAAUUCUUGCUAAAAUUACUACAAAAUGCAGAAACUUGUCCAAAAUACAUCAAAUGGACAAACAGAGAUCUUGGUAUUUUCAAACUUGUUGAUUCCAAGGAAGUAUCUAAAUUAUGGGGCCAUCAUAAGAACAAACCAGACAUGAAUUAUGAAACAAUGGGAAGAGCUCUCAGGUAUUACUACGCAAGAGGGAUAUUGAAUAAAGUGGAUGGGCAGCGACUUGUCUACCAGUUUGCUGUGGUUCCAAAAAACAUUGUUGAAAUUGAUUGCAGCACUCCCUAAUAGAGUGAGUUCCUUGUAUAUACAGAAGACAUCUCACCUGGCUGGUACCUUUAUAAUGUAAAGAAGACGAAGGACAGAGAAAGAUAGAAAGGAAGAGAUAAAGAAAGAAGCAGAAAGAACAAUGGAUUCAUUCAUUCACCUCCACCCCAAACUGUUCUGGAAUUUAAAUUUCUUAUGAAGUCUGUUUUCUGGGAAUUCCGAAGAGAGAGAGAAGAACAAUGGGAAGUACUUUGUACUUUUAAGUAAAAAAAAAAAAAAAUCACCACUCAAGUAUGAAGUCAGCUUCUUGUUGUUGCUGUCAGCUAAACUCACUUUUUCACAAGAGGAAGUACAAAAACUCUUUUAUUUCCAGAACAAUGAACUCUGAAAUGUUUUUCAACUUUUUAUUUAUCGGUUUCCCCCUCCCCAACCCUCUAAUUUUUUUUUUUUUUGCGUGUGUGUGUGAAAAAAGUUCUCUUUCCUUCCCUCAUUCUUUUUCCCACAUCUCUCUCUCUCGCUCUCUCACUCAUUCUCUCUUUCAUUCUCUCUCUCUCUCUCUCUCUCUCUGUCACUAAAUCCAGAUUGAUUUUUUUUUUUAUUUAUUUAUUUAUUCUUCGGAUGUAUAUUUAUCAGUGACGGCUUUUUUAAUGUUUGUCAUAGAGAGAGAGAGAGAAGGAGAAAGAGAGAAAGUAGGAAGAGAGGGAGAGUGUUUGAUAUCAUGGGAGAAAGUACAGUGGGGGGGGUGUCGAGGGGGGAGGGACAUACACUGAGGAGGGAAAGUUGAGUCUGUUGUAAAGAAUUUAAAGAAUAUUGUUGAUUUCCUCUCAACUAGUGUUUAAAAAAAAUGAAGAAAAAUGAAGAAGAAAAAAAAACGGUUUCUUCCUAAAGUUGGUUGUGUGAGAUUGAUUGAAGGACAGUGGCAAAAAAGAAGAAAAAAAUGUAUUUAUUGCCAAAAAAGAAGAGAAAGUUAAAGUUUGAGAAACUUUUAUCAUCUGCAUUGGCUGUGAACAUGAACACAUGAAUGUGUGAUUGGUGAGUGUUAAUGGUCAGCGUGUAUGGGUUUAUGUUCACUGCCAGCUUCGUUAGCAGUUAAGAGGAAAUAUAAUGAACGAUACCCAUCAAUGAGUUAAACAGAAAUUACAUUAUAUGCAUAUUCACACAUAUGCUUGCAUAUAUAUAUAUAUGUAUAUAUACAUGUGUGUGUAUAUAUAUAUAUAUAUAUAUAUAUAUGCAUGCAUAUUUGUUUUGUUGUCUUCUUUCAUGGUUUUCAUCAUCAAAGCUCUGAUUUGUGUGUUAUUUAAUUUUGACUUACAUAUUUUGUUAAUAUACAUACACUGGAUGUAUACAUCUAAAUUGUUCACAUACUUAUACAUACUGUUAAAGUUGCCUUUUACACGUCAUCAUACACUAAUACAUGAAACAAAAAAGAAAAGGAAAAAAAAAAGUUACAUCUACAGUUCUACAACUGUACAACAUUGACACUCACUCAUGUAUAUAUAUUUUAUGUAUAUAUAUUGACACUUUCUUCACAGCAGCUAAAACAGAUAAAAUAUGGAAUCCGGUCAGUUGUAUGAGUGGUGUGAACUGAUCAGAUGGGAGAAGAUCUAAUGAUAUCAAAGUCCAGGUUUGUUAGACUCAAUUGGGUCAUUGAAAACACUGGUCAGACUGGCCAGAGACCACUUUGGUCACUUGACUGUGAUGGUCAAACAGCAGUUUUUAGAGACCAGAGUCAUUCAGUCCAGUUUAACGUGAACAAAACUACUUAUGGUCAUCUCAAGUCCAUAGGUUACAAUGGUCUCCGAGACCGCAGUGGUCAAAAAGACUUGUUGAAUCUUAUGGUGGUCAGUGGCAGCAAUGGUCAGUUAGAUGGAGAUCUAAUAAUUGAAAGAUGGACAGGUGGUGGGGUGAAAGAUCAAAAGGAUAAAGGUUCCCCAAUUAAAAGUCAGGCAUGAAUCGAGAACAGAUAAAUUGUAUUGGAGGGAAAAAACAUAGUCCAGUGUCCAGAGAUGAGCAGGACAACGGUUGUGGGAGGGAGUUGUUGAAUUUCCCCAAACAAUUCUGCUGCUCAUUGAGGCAUGUUUAACUUAGGACUGUCACCCGAUGAUGGUGAUGCGAGAACCUGCAUUCUCUUCCCUCCGGCUGGUACUGUGUAUGGCUCUGGUGUCAAAUAUAGAGUAACUGCCUUAGACAAGGAGAAUGCACAGCUACACGUUGAUGGCAGGAAUCGGCUGUGGACCGGACCAAGGGUCCACUAACUUCAGGGGUGUACAACGAUGGGGGAAAUGUCACAACGAACAUGUGGCUAACUUGAUAUGGCAGAAGAUUUAAUGUAGCAUUGUUAAUUCCCACCUACAGCAACUGCUACAUGAACAUGUGGCUGGUUACUCACUCCAUGAUUGCUGUGCACACACAUAUAGCUGGUCAGUUGACCAUUGUGAGGUUAACUUGUGACGAGUUUGUAUGAAGUUACAAUGUGCAUGGAGUUUAGCCAGUCACCACAUGUAGAUAAAUGUCUCCACAGGGUGUACAAGUGGACAAUAAUAAUCUUGUAUUUUAUAAAAAGGUUUUAAAUCUCAUCCAAAAGUGUUUCAUUUUCGCCAAAAAGUGCCUCUAAACCCAUCCAUAUUAAUAUAAACACAAAAGAGCAACCACUUCCAAACCCAAGCAGUAACUCCAGCCCAUGUUCUUGGUGGGAGCUGCUGCAAUAAACCAUUUAGAAUUUGGUCAGUGUGUGUGUGUGUGUUUUAUAAAUGAAGGUUUUGUAUUAAAGUAGAAAAGGAAAAUAGGAUGCAAAUUUUCAGAAUAUCAAAACUAUGUUGAAAGAUUAAAAGGUUUUAGUGUAAUUCUUCCCAUGUUAACUUAUUGGGCCUCCUUCGGUUACCGGACAUUUAGACUUGUGUUUAUGUGAGAGACAUUACAAGAAAGGUUCAUAUAUAACAGAGGUAUUUUGUGUUAGGGGUUAUGUUUAUCACAUCAAGUGCCAAUGAGGUUUCUUUGUUAGGGGGCCACUAAAGUGUCGCGUUAAAAACAAAGCUAACCCCUUACAAUAAUGAUGUACUGAAAGUAUACUUUUGAAUCUGUUGAAAGUUAAUUUAAGGAUGUCCUUAAUUAAGAUUUAAUUUAGUGGGGGUUAGAACACGUUUGUGGAAUAUGCAAAUAUGAUUGCAAACCUCAGGUUUGUAAAUUAGCAUACUACCCAGAGAAACAUGUCUCAUGUCUGCUUGAUGUUAUAAAAGUGCAGUUAAGGGCUCCCCAAGGUUCAUGAAGGGUUUGACUUCCAAAGACACACACACACACACAUAUACAAGAACAUACACACACACAGAGUUGUCAUUGAAAUAUUUUCUGACCCAACUUUUUAUACAAGAUGCAGUGAUGUUUUUUAGUUUCUCAGCAAUUCAAGAAUCUUCUAACAGCAAACCUCUCAGUAAACAACAUGUCACCUUGGCUCAUACAUAUUUCUUCUCCAUUUUACAAUUUAUACAUCUUUUAUUACAUUUUUUUCAAACUUUUUUUUAAUGAAAUUAAACACAAAAUUCCUAAAAUCCCCCCCCCCCCAAUUUAUAACUGGAAUCCAAGUAUUCUUCUACCCCAGGGCUAACACAUCCCGUUCCAGGCUGAUGUCCACCCACCCUCCACUCUGACAAUUCUUUAUUAUCCACAGGUGCCUUGUCUUUUAAUUCUUUUUGCAGGGUCUGGACCGACAUCCAGCCAUUUGGCUGUUCUUUUUAUGACCAUCUAUGGCUCUCCAUACAAAUACACAGUGAUACUUUUAUGCGUUACACACACACACACACAUGCACAGACACACACCCACACUUAGCUUUUAGUAAGUGUACAUGCACACAUAAUUUUUUACCUGCAUAUAUAUAUAUAUAUAUACACCAGAUAUAAACACUCACACACAGAAGCAUUGGAUGGUUUUGUUCUGAAAUUAUUAACCGAGAGUAUCUCUACAUGUGUUUCAGUAAUGUUAGUAAGACUGGAAUCACAUAAGGCUACCGUUUCUAAUAUUAACUCUGAUAAUGUGUUGACGUACAUGAUGGUAGCCCCUGACAUCCAGUCACCACUGAAACCUGUAUAAAGAUGCCAAAGGAACCAAUGAUUUCUCAACAAAACUGUCCAGCCUUAUUAUUUCUAUGUAGUUAUACUCUGUGGUCUUUGUAAUUCAGAAACUAGAAGCAAGAAAUUAGGACUAAAAUCUGCCAAUUCUCUUCAUUGGUUUCUCUCUUACACCGUAGAGCCACAUGAAGUAUUCCAAACACUGGUUGUGUAUGUCAGGCAGCUUAAUUUACAUUAUGUGUGUGUGUGGUGUGUGUGUGUGUCUAAAAUAUAUAUGUGUGUGUGUACACAUAAUUCUUUCAUAUUUUUUUUAGACAAGUAUGGAAUUAUAUGCAUGUACACAUAUAUAUAUAUUUAAACUUAUGUAUACAUACAUAUGUAUAGAUAUCUACGAUUGUAUGCAUUCAUGUGUAUAUUUAUUACACACAAUUUUGAAGGUAUACACACACACACACACAUAUAUGCAUCAAUACAUACGAACUGAACACUUGGUUCUCACAUUGGUUAUUAUUAUUAUUAUUAUUAUUAUUCCACUCAGGUUGAUGUUUUUUUUUUCCUUUCAUCCUUUUGUGGGGGGGUCAAUGAAACAAGUACCAGUUAAACAUCAGGGUGGAUGUAAUCAACAUCCACCCCCACCCCACCCACUAAAAAAAUUACUUGUGCUAGAAAGGAUUAUGAUUAUUAUUAUUAUUAUUGUGGUUGUUGUUAUUGUUGGUGCUCAAUGUUAGAGCAUUGGGUUGAGACGAACAGGUUUGAGGUUAACCGUUUCCAUAGCAACUGUUACAGUUCUCUCUAUUCACCUCAUGUACAUAAAAGUCUUGAAAGGAUUCUUUUAGUUACCUUUCACUCAAUGUGUUUUGAGGUUGUAUUGAAGAACACUUUCACUAAAACAAAGUAUUGCACAUAUUAUCUGCAGGGGUCAUUUAGCCCUUGGUCAGACGUCAAGCAGAUCAAAGCUAUUCCAACCAUGACCAUCUUGUUCAACAUCUAGAACUACAUUCUCUAAUGGGUCCUUUCAUUUUAAUGGCAAUUGGAUGUGAUAUGUGUAUGGGUUGACUGCUGUUUCUUGCAUGGUAAUUGACUGCAUAGAAAGACCCUCAUUAGAUCAGCUGUGAUGUGCAGGAGAGAAAUGGGGCCACAGAGGGGACACCCUUGAGCUAACUUGUUUAGAAAAGAGAUUUCAGUGUUGAGCCCUUUAUGUCAUUUCAAACCUUGUGUUCAACAAUAGUAAUAAUAAUAAUAAUAGCAACAACAACAACAAUAGUGUUUCAAUGUGAGAAAAAAGGGGUCAUUUUUUUUUUUUUUUUUUUUUUUUUUAAGUUAUUGAAUAAGCCAAACCCUAAAAUUGUGUUUAUGUAGAAUUGGUGUCACAGAUCUUCACCUAAACACACAUUACACAUAUUUUAUGUAACUUCAGACCCUUGAAAAUUAAAAGUAGACCCAACUAUGAAGAAAAAAAGGCAGUCAAGAUUUGGAUGAAAAUUAUUUAUUUAGUUCUUUCAGCUCUUUGAGGGAAUUCGUCAGGAAUGAUUUCAUAAAGAAAAUUCUUACCUCUUAUAUAUACGUAAGUGGGCAAACAAAAUCUGGAAUUGAAUGUGUUUUUUGGGGGGUUCUGGAAAUGACAAAGAACGUCUCAAAUAACCAGACCCCAAAGCACCCUGUUGCCAAAAUCCAAGGAAACAAAUUCCACUCAGAUUUUUUUCAAUUUACUCACACAUAUAUGUGAAAGGUAUCAUCUACAAGACAUCAUUCAUGAUGAACCCCUAGUAAAAAGGGGACAAAAGGCACUAUAGUACCUUUCAUCCAAAUCUGAUUACCUCCUUUUUUCUUAAUAUAUAAAAUCUGCACAUGAUAUAUAUAUAUAUAUAUAUAUCUUUUAUACAUACAUACGUAUACACAUAGUGGUUGUGAUGGAGACACUGUUUAUGGUGGCAUCGACUGUCACAAUCUUUUAUAGAGUGAUUUUUGUGGAUAAUUUCUACAGAUUUUUUUUGUUGUUGUUGUUUCUGUUUACAAUAUAUAUAUUUUUUUUUUGCAACAGAUUUUUUUUUUAAAUGAUAAUAUAAAUGUACAAAUAAUGAUGGUGUAAUUUUAACCCUAAAAAAAAUGUGUUAACUAACAACAACAAUAGUAAUUAAUAAUAAUAAUACAGUUAUAAUAAAAUUAAUGAUAACAUUGAUGAUGACGAUAAUAACAAUAAUAAUAAUAAUAUUAAUAAUGAAAAAGAAAAAGAAGCAAGCAAAACAACAUAUCUUUUGUGUUCUAAGAAUUGGGGACAAAAGCCUUAAGUCAAUUAAAAAAAAAAAA